AUGUUCUCUUUCUUUUCCUCCACAGAAGUUAUCCAUUCCGGAGAUCUCUCUUCGUCCAUGGAGUCGCUGACCUACGAGAGCUCCGUGACUUCGCCGAGCGUGCAGCAGCAGAGGACCAAGAGGAUGCGAACUUCCUUCAAGCACCACCAGCUGAGGACGAUGAAAUCCUACUUCGCCAUCAACCAAAAUCCCGAUGCAAAAGACCUCAAACAGCUGGCCCAGAAGACUGGACUAUCCAAGAGGGUUCUCCAGGUCUGGUUCCAGAACGCUCGGGCAAAGUGGCGGCGGAACUUGAUGCGGCAGGAGGGGGGCGGCGCGGCUAGUUCUGCGCCGCCCCUCAUCGUCACGGAAACCGUAACCUCCCUGGAAGACCUCCGUCACCACCAGGCCCUCCAGUUCGGCGACAUCUAUUAG